GGAGAGGGGAGUUUUUUUUUCUUUGCUUCUUGACUGAGUUCAACAGGAUUGUAUGAAUAAGGAGAGAGAAAGAUCAUAACUCUUCCAAUUGGCUUACAUACGAAAUAACCCAAAUAAAAUGGACUCAACAUCUUCCUUGCUCUUCCAUGCUUGGCUUGAUGAAAAGAAUGAAACCCUUGAGGAAGUGUGUCUUUGGUUUCCUUGUUCAUACAAUGGUAUAUAUACAAAACAGUUUAAAAUGAUUUUCAAGACCCGUUUUCGUCAGUGCUCGAAUGGUACAAUAAUCAUAUAAAAAAAAUAUUUUUCUUCCUCUCUCUCUCUCUCUCUCUCUCUUUUUUUUCGUUUUGCGAUUGUCUCUUUAGAACCAUGUCUUAUACUGAUCCCAACUCAUAUCAACCAAGACAAGAACAAACACAUAUGCAUCCUCAACAGCAUUUCUAUGAUAGCAAUUAUACUACUAUACACGACCAAAACUAUCGUCCUAACCUGUUAUCACCAAUGCAACAACAACAAUUACCACCACCACAACUACAGCAACAAGAAGAACCGUAUCAACAGUUAUACGAAUCACGUAAAUUAUUUAGUUGUGAAGAACCAGGCUGUUCAGAGUAUUUUGAACAUAUGGUAGGAUUAAAGACACAUCAAAGAACAACGCAUGGAAGAAAAGACUCGAAUCAUGUAAAAGAGGAACCAUCAAAAUCACCCCAAACCAGACCUUAUAUCUGUCCUUAUGCAGAAUGCGGCAAAGCAUUUACACAAUAUGGCAAUUUAAGAACACAUUCCAGAAAACAUACAGGUGAACGACCUUAUCAUUGUACAUAUGAUGGUUGUGAUAAAGCAUUUACACAGUUGGGUAAUCUAAAGACACACGAAAAGAUACAUUGGCCAGUAAAACCGUUUGUGUGUACCUAUCCCAAUUGUGGUAAAGGUUUUACACAGCGAGGUAAUCUAAAGACACAUCAAAUCAAAGUACAUCAAAUUGUUCCUUAUAAAGUACAUCGUAUUGUGCCUCAAUAAAU